CAAAAAUCUCCCGCCAUUUUCAAGUUGUGAAGCCGCAGAGGAGUGGGAACCAGCGGUCUGGUGGAUUUUUGAGCAAUACAACCACUGAUAUCAAGUUCUAACCAUGGACUCCAAGAGAAAGAAGCCCACCCCAGGCCCGAGUGCAAAGAAGCCGCGUUCAUCAGAUUGGGACGAGGAUGAACCGCUGGACUUUGAAGCGCAGCUGGCGAUGAUGGAGGAGAUGGAGCAGGAGGAGACUGGGGCUGGCGGACCUGUAACUGCCAACACCCGUAAGAAGUGGGUCCGUCCACCACCACCCAGCCUCAACCCCAGGACAGACACGAUCAGCUUUCAGCAGAUCGACCUGGACCAUUAUAUAGGUGAACCCAUGCAUGGCAUGCCAGGGUCCAGUGUCGGUCCUGUGCCCAUUGUCCGCAUGUUUGGUGUAACAAUGGAAGGGAACAGUGUGGUGUGCCAUGUGCACGGUUUUUCACCAUACUUCUAUGUGCCUGCCAAACCAGACUUCAAGGUUGAGGACUGUGGAAAGUUCCAAGAUGCACUGAACAAGGCUGUCCUGAAUGACAUGAGAUCCAACAAGGACCAAGUGAGGCAGGCAGUCCUGGCAGUAGAGAUGAUGGAGAAGGAGAAUAUGUAUGGUUUCCAUGGCAACCAGAAGUUGUCAUUCCUGCGCAUCACCGUGGCGCUGCCACGUCUGAUCGCCCCGGCCAAGAGACUCCUGGAGCAGGGCUUCUCCUUCCCGGGGUGCGGUCUCCAUGGAUACCAGUCCUUUGAAAGCAAUGUUGACUUCGAAAUCAGGUUCAUGGUUGACACUGAAGUGAUAGGCUGUAACUGGAUAGAACUUCCACCUGGCAAGUACCGAGUGCGAGACCCCAAGUCAAGCAGGAAGUCCCUGGCACAGAUGGAGGUGGAUGUGUCGUGGGAGGAGUUUGUGUCCCACCCUGCGGAGGGGGAGUGGCUAAAGAUUGCUCCACUCCGCGUGCUCAGCUUUGAUAUUGAGUGUGCUGGAAGGAAAGGUGUUUUCCCUGAGCCAGAGAAGGAUUCUGUGAUCCAGAUUGCCAACAUGGUGGUGCGACAGGGCGAGCGAGAACCGUUCAUACGCAACGUUUUCACCCUCAACACCUGCGCCCCUAUUGUGGGGUCAAAGGUCCUGUCCUUCAAGAGGGAAGCAGACAUGUUGGCAGAGUGGUCAGAAUUCAUCCGGGAGGUGGAUCCAGACUUGGUGACAGGAUACAACAUCCAGAACUUUGACUUGCCGUAUCUUAUCAAGAGGGCUGCAACACUGAAGGUGAACAACUUCCCUUUCUUGGGUCGGAUGAAAGGUGUGCGGUCAGUCAUCAAGGACCAGAACAUCCAGUCUAAACAGAUGGGCAAACGGGAGAACAAGUACGUCAACAUGGAGGGCCGAGUCACGUUCGACCUGCUGCAGGUUUUGUUGCGCGACUACAAGCUGCGCUCUUACACGCUGAACGCCGUGUCGUACCACUUCCUGCAGCAGCAGAAGGAAGACGUUCACCACUCCAUCAUCACAGACCUGCAGAAUGGUUCAGAACAGACACGGCGCCGGCUGGCGGUGUACUGCCUGAAGGACGCCCUGCUGCCCCUGCGCCUGUUGGACAAACUCAUGAGCGUCAUCAACUACAUGGAGAUGGCUCGUGUUACCGGCGUACCUCUAACUUACCUCCUCACCCGCGGACAACAGAUCAAGGUCAUGUCACAGCUGCUCAGGAAGGCCAGGGAGCAGGACUUGGUGAUUCCAGCCAUGCAGUCCAGCGUGUCUGAUGAGCAGUAUGAAGGAGCCACUGUCAUCGAGCCAGCCAAGGGGUACUAUGACACUCCCAUAGCAACGUUGGACUUCUCAUCCCUGUACCCUUCCAUCAUGAUGGCCCAUAACCUGUGUUACACCACCCUCCUCAGCACCCCCAGCAGUAGGGCAAACCUGAGCCCCGACCAGUUCAUCAAGACUCCCUCUGGGAACUUCUUUGUCAAGAAGACGCUGCGGAAGGGUCUGCUGCCGGAGAUUCUGGAGAACCUGCUGUCUGCAAGGAAGAAGGCCAAAGCUGACCUGAAGAAAGAGACUGACCCCUUCCGUAAGUCUGUGCUGGACGGCCGGCAGCUGGCCCUGAAGAUCAGUGCUAACUCUGUGUACGGGUUCACAGGAGCACAGGUCGGCAAGCUGCCCUGUCUGGAGAUAUCUCAGAGUGUGACAGCUUUCGGCAGGACCAUGAUUGAACAGACCAGACAGUUUGUGGAGGACACAUACAAGAUAGCAUUGGGGCACAAACAUGAUGCUAAGGUUAUCUAUGGUGACACAGACUCCGUAAUGGUAAAGUUUGGAGUGGACACUGUGGCAGAAGCCAUGGAACUGGGGAAGGAGGCGGCACAGGCUGUGUCAGCAAAAUUCCCCCAUCCUGUCAAACUGGAGUUUGAAAAGGUAUAUUUCCCCUAUCUGCUGAUCAACAAGAAGCGUUAUGCUGGGCUGUACUUCACUCGCCCUGAGGUCCACGACAAGAUGGACUGUAAGGGCAUCGAGACUGUGCGCCGGGACAACUGCCCCCUAGUGGCUCACCUCAUAAACACAUGUCUGCAGAAACUCCUUAUCUACAGGGAUCCCCAGGGUGCUAUUGACCACGCUAAACAGGUGAUCUCUGACCUGCUGUGUAACCGUGUGGACAUCUCCCAGCUGGUCAUCACCAAGGAGCUGACCAAGGAAGGGGACGAGUACGCAGCUAAACAGGCUCAUGUGGAGCUGGCAGAAAGGAUGAGGAAGAGAGAUGCAGGGAGCGCUCCCAAUUUGGGCGACCGAGUUCCGUAUGUCAUCAUCGCUGCAGCCAAGGGCACAGCAGCAUACAUGAAGUCUGAGGACCCCAUUUAUGUGCUAGAGAACAACAUCCCCAUCGACACCAAGUACUACCUGGACCAGCAGCUCUCCAAACCUCUCCUCCGCAUCUUUGAACCAAUCCUGGGGGAGUCCAAGGCCACCUCUGUACUACUCAAGGGGGAACACACCCUGAGCAAGACUGUCGUUUCGUCAAAGAUCAGCGCUCUUGCUGGCUUCGUGAAAAAACGAAGCACCUGUAUCGGCUGUAAGACUGUUCUACAGAAGGAAGGGACAGCCGUCUGCAAGUAUUGUAAGGACAAGGAGUCAGAGAUCUACCAGAAGGAGAUAAUGCAGCUGAAUGCACUGGAGGAGAAGUUCUCUCGUCUGUGGACCCAGUGCCAGCGGUGCCAGGGUAGUCUGCAUGAGGAUGUCCUCUGUACCAGCCGAGACUGUCCCAUUUUCUACAUGAGGAAGAAAGUUCAGAAGGACCUGGCCGAUCAGGACAAGAUCAUACACAGGUUUGGUGCCCCCACUUGGUAAAAUGGAAUAAUCCAGCAUUGUCUCACUGGCCCAUUGGUGGGCCGAUGUAGGUAAAGAUUAGAUCCUGAUCAUGAAUGGUAAACUGGAAUGCCCAAGUUUAACUUGGCACAUCCUUGUAAUAGAUCCGAUAAACAUUGUUGUUGGGGAAAGUUUAUACUAACAUGUAAUUAGAGCAUCUUUAUGAAUGUUAAUAAGAGUUAUUUUCAUUACGACAGAAAUAUGAAUAUAAGUAGACAUGAAUUCUAAGAGUCUAUGAACCAUAUUUCUUACCAGUGUGCCAAACAUACCCAGGCACAAUGUAGAAAACCUAUCACUGAGAAGAAAACCUAUUUACUCUAUCAAUCUUGAUCUAUGAAUUACUGUAGAAAAAUAACUGUUUGGAUGAUUUGAAGAGUAAAACUGUGUAACAAUCUUAAUGAAUAUAACAUUGUUGGCAGGGUUAGGUGAUCAUUUUACAAAUGUAAGAUUAAUUAAAAACAGCUAAAACUUACAACAUUCCAUAAUCAAUAUGUGGCUCAUUCCAAUCUGUUGUGGCAGUGGAGAUUAAAAUGAUGCUUGGCAAGAAACAGAUUAUGUAGAAAUAAGUUCCUACACCACAUUAUGUUGUAUGCUCUGAAAGGGGUGUUGGAAUAAAAAAAAAUGUGACUGUAAA